AUGGAAUAUUUUCUUCCACUUGUGAUUGCUUCUCUUUUGCUUGUGAAUUGUCGUGAAGCAUCAGCCACCAACGACCGCUGUCCGAAAUCAUGCGUCUGUAUGGCCAGCUUUGUUUCCUGCUCAAACCUCACACAUUUCCCGGUUAUCCUGCCCAUCGAGACGCGAACGAUCACUUUAUCUGAAGUUAAAAUUCCUGAAAUUCAGACUGAUAUCAUUUCCAACUUGCCUGAAAUAAAGUCUCUUAGUUUUGAGAACUGCACAAUCGGCAAAAUACGAAGUGGAGCCUUCAGGAAUCUCACCAAUCUACAAAAGAUUUCUUUUUCUUUGUGUUCUAUUCGAUUAAUCGAGACGGACGCCUUCCAUCAGAUCCGUAACGCGUCCACUAUGCUGUUUUACAAAAUGACAAUUGAACGUAUAGAGACACACGCCUUCAGCAAUAUCCGAGGACUUAAAGAAUGGACUCUAUUUAAGUCGAAUAUUGGUGAAAUCGAAGCGGAAGCUUUUCACCAAUUUUCUUACAUCUAUUCCUUUUCGAUUUAUUCCAAUCGCAUCGGUCGGCUCGGAAGGGCCGUUUUUUCAUCCAUGGGAAAUAUCAAAUACGUCGACUUUUUCAUGAAUAAAGUGACCGAUGUUGGUUGCAAUGUUUUUGACUUUUCCACUAAUGAAUUUGAGAAUUUUGAAUUCUAUGCCAACAUAUUUUCGUGCGAUUGCAAGCUUUUUGGUUUGUCUCGUGGACGGCAGGCCAUCAAUUUUUCUUCCUCAUCAGCCAAAAGAGAUUCGCCGACUACGAACAAGGUGACACCGACGAAAAGGUCGGCCGGUUUAAUAGACUCACAUAUGAACACUGUAUCUGCAAAAAAGUGGUCGUUUGACGAACUUCUCUACCGCAACUGGUGUAUGUUCAAAAAUCUUAAGCAUAAAGUUUCCUUGGAUAAUUACCGCUACACGGAGGAAGUUGAGUGCGAAACAAACGCCUGUUUUCCAUUGAAAUCCAAAAAGAAGGAUAAAACAAUCAACUCUAAAUAUCUAUAUACUUUCACUUCUCUUCCGGAAGUUCCAGUUUCUCCGCGCCAUGGGAAUACCAAUGAUGCGAACAGACGACAAUCGGCAUUUGGGAUCUUGUUGCUAUCUACAACCAUUCUGACAAUGCAUCUCUAA